GCGUGGCCUGGCGAGGCGGAUCCCCGCAGGGGCGCUGCGGCCGCAGUUGCGCUCGGGCGGCGGCGGGUGAUGGCGGCGGCGAUGGGCUCUGCGCUGCUGUUCCUCCUGGCGCUCCUCGGGCCCGCGGCCGCGCUCGCCGGAUACAUCGAGGCCCUUGCAGCCAAUGCUGGGACAGGGUUUGCAGUGGCAGAACCUCAAAUUGCCAUGUUCUGCGGGAAGCUAAAUAUGCAUGUGAACAUCCAGACUGGGAAAUGGGAACCUGACACUUCUGGAACCAAGAGCUGCUUUGGAAGAAAGGAGGAGAUUCUGCAAUACUGCCAGGAGAUGUACCCAGACCUUCAGAUCACCAACGUGGUAGAAGCCAACCAGCCCGUCAGCAUUGACAGCUGGUGUAAGCGUGGGAAGAAGCAGUGCAAGGACCACACUCACAUCGUCGUGCCGUACAAGUGCCUGGUGGGUGAGUUUGUAAGUGAUGUCCUGUUGGUGCCCGAGAAGUGCCGGUUCUUCCACAAGGAGCGCAUGGAUGUGUGUGAAAGCCACCAGCACUGGCACACUGUGGCAAAGGAGGCCUGUCUGACAGAAGGGAUGAUCCUGCACAGCUAUGGGAUGCUGCUGCCCUGCGGAGUGGACCAGUUCCAUGGAACAGAAUAUGUGUGCUGUCCUCAGACCAAGGUUGUGGAUGAGGCUCUGUCCAAAGAGGAAGAGGAUGAGGAUGAAGACUAUGACCUUUACAAGAGUGAGUUCCCUACAGAGGCAGGUGUAGAAGACUUCACAGGAACAGCUGUGGAGGAAGAUGAGGAUGAGGAUGAUGAAGGGGAAGAGGAGGAGGAGGAUGUGGUGGAAGACCGUGAUUACUACUAUGACAGCUACAAGGUUGAUGACUACAAUGAAGAGACCCCCACAGAGCCCAGCAGUGACAAGGCUAUGGCUGAAAAAGAAGUGAGCAGUGACAUGAAAUCUGUCUGCUCCCAGGAGGCCAUGACAGGGCCCUGCCGGGCUGUGAUGCCUCGUUGGUACUUCGAUCCUAACAAGAGAAAAUGCAUUCGCUUUAUAUAUGGAGGCUGCGGAGGCAACAGGAACAAUUUUGAGUCAGAGGAGUAUUGUAUGGCUGUGUGUAAAAAGAUGAUGCCAACUGAUGAUGUGGAUGUCUACUUCGAAACCCCUGCUGAUGACAAUGAGCAUGCCCGCUUCCAGAAGGCCAAGGAGCAGCUGGAGGUCAGGCACCACAACCGCAUGGACCGGGUGAAAAAGGAGUGGGAGGAAGCAGAGCACCAGGCUGUUAAUCUCCCGAAGGCAGAAAGGCAGACUCUGAUCCAGCACUUCCAGGCCAUGGUAAAAUCUCUGGAGAAAGAAGCAGCAAGUGAGAAGCAGCAGCUGGUAGAGACUCACCUGGCUCGUGUGGAAGCCAUGCUGAAUGAUCGCCGUCGCAUUGCCCUGGAGAACUACCUGGCUGCCCUGCAGGCUGACCCACCACGUCCCCACCGCAUCCUGCAGGCCCUGAAGCGCUACGUCCGUGCUGAGAACAAGGACAGGCUGCACACCAUCCGCCACUACCAGCAUGUCCUGGCAGUGGAUCCGGAGAAGGCUGCGCAGAUGAAAUCUCAGGUGAUGACACAUCUUCAUGUGAUUGAGGAACGGAUGAAUCAAAGCUUGUCUCUGCUCUACAAGGUGCCAUAUGUGGCUGAAGAAAUCCAGGAUGAGAUUGAUGAGCUGCUUCAGGAGCAGCGUGCCGACAUGGAUCAGUUCACAUCCUCCAUUUCUGAGUCCCAGGUGGAUGUCAGAGUGAGCUCUGAGGAGAGCGAAGAAAUUCCCCUGGAUGGCAAACCUUUCCACCCAUUCCAGGUGAAAACCUUCCCAGCCUUGCCUGAAAGUGAAGAUCCUCAGCCGGAUUUGUACCAUCCAAUGAAAAAAGGUUCUGGCAUGACUGAGCUGGACGGGCUGAUUGGUGCUGAAGAAAAAGUGAUUAACAGCAAGAACAAGGUGGAUGAAAAUGUGGUAAUUGAUGAGACCCUUGAUGUGAAGGAGAUGAUUUUCAACGCAGAGCGCGUCGGAGGGCUGGUGGAUGAGCCGGAUAAUGACAACUCCCUCCGUGAUGACUUUGGCUUCAGCAGCAGUGCCCUUAUUGGGCUGUUGGUGAUUGCUGUUGCCAUAGCUACUGUUAUAGUCAUCAGCUUGGUGAUGCUGAGGAAGAGGCAGUAUGGGACCAUCAGCCAUGGAAUUGUGGAGGUUGACCCGAUGCUCACCCCUGAGGAGCGGCAUCUGAGCAAGAUGCAAAACCAUGGCUAUGAGAAUCCCACUUACAAAUACCUGGAGCAGAUGCAGAUAUAAAAGAGAUGAAGAUGGAAUAGCCCCGAUGGGAAAAGGUGUUGGGGGCGAAGGGCCAAAGUGGUCCAGUGUUUUGGAUCAACUACUGACCAACAGUUGCUUCAAGAGGACUUCAUCUUACAUUCAGAACUCCUGGAUCAUUAAGACUAUAAUUACUACUGUAGAGUUGCAAUUUCCAUUCUUUAAAAUGGGUGAAGAAAUGAUAAUAUAACAAUAUGAUAUAUAAAUCUCCUUAAAUGGGAAAAAUGGAUCUAUUGCAGAUAUUUGACUGAGAUGUAGUUUUUUUUUUUUUUAAUAAUCUGAAAAAUACCAGUUCUGUUGUACUGUUGUCUGAUACAAGCUCUAUAUCUAUAAAAAUGGGAAACAUUGAUUUUUAUUUCUGAUAGACCACCUGUAUAUCGAGGAUUGUUUGUACCAGCCCACCUUCAAAAAAGGGGACAAUUGUGGCUCUUUGGUCAUUCUGGCUUUUGUAUAUAAAGCAUUAUUCUUUUUUCCUUCCUUUUUUUUUUUUUUUUUUUUUUGUGAAUUUUGCUGGGAGUUGCAAAGAGAUUAAUUUAGGGAUUUAGGGAUAGGAGCUACUACGGAAAAAGCAAGGAAGCAAUUGGGAAUGGUAACUAACAAAAUUCCUUAUGAUGAGACAAAAAAAGAAAAAGAGAAAAAAAAAAAGGAAAAAAACCCCAUCUUCAUAUGCCAGUGGUAUGCACCCUGCUGCUUAGCAGCUCGGGCUCUAGGAAUCAAGACUCCCUGGAGGCAAGGAGUUAAAAGGCUUCUAGCAUCUCUGUUUGUAGUUAUUCUAGUAGAAUGUUAGAACAUGGUUUGUGCAUACUUGGGUGUGCACAUUCCCCUUUGAGAUUCAGUUCUGCUCUAGAGUUGGAAGUUCUGGUAUUGAAUUGAAAUCCUCUGUUCUCAGCCAGUUUCCUUCAGUACUCACCUGGCAUUAACAGCCCCCUCUUGCUACUACUUUCUAAUUUCCCCAGCUCUCCUGCCUCACCAACAUGGUAAGUAGUUAAGAGCUGCAGGUUUUUGAGCCUUUGCAUCUCCCUUGGUGAUGUUGGGCCAGAAAUGACAAAUCACUGCAAUAACUGGGACCUUGGGAGCUGACAAACACAGAGAGGUCUCUUAGCUGGGGAUGGAAGAAAGUGACAUGUUGGGAAAGGGAUGCUGCCUGCUUUAAGGGAAAUAGGAUGCAUAGGCCCCAAGAAGACCAGAAGGGGCAUUGUUCCACUCACCAUCAUUAUGUCUUUGUAAUGCUUGUAUAGUUGGUGUUGAUGCUCACGGCUUUUUUAAAUCUGGGGGUUCUGGUAACCUGUGGUGUAUUUUUUCUAUUUUUCCUGUGAUUUUAUUUUUUCUUCCCCUUUCCGUGUUUCUUCCCACUAUGCACAGAUUUACCUGCAAACUCCUUAGUGUGGUCUGUGGGGAAUGUACAAAGUUUAAACACAUCAAUAAACACUUUAACUUCCA